AUGUUAUCUCCUACUGAGGAUGAUUUGUUAACUAUUGAAGAUCAUAGAAUAGAAUUAGAAAAAGAGAUCGCUAGUUUAAAAAACCAAUUAAAGCAUUCACAAGAGAAGAAUGAAAAGCAUGUGGACACUAAUGCAAAUCUAUCUGUCCAAUUGAGAAAAUUUCAAAAAGAAGUUGACGGCUUGAGAGCAGAAAACUAUAAGCUACGAGCUGAGCGUUGGAAUGAUAUUAAACAUAUUCUCAAAGAGAAUCAAGAUCUCUCUAUCGAAGUUGAAGAUGUGACAACUCUUUUCCAACAGCUCACUUCUACUAAUCAGAACCUUUGGGAGCGUUAUGAUGAGAUGGAUUCAAAAGUGAUGGAACUCGAAGGCAAAUGUCAUAUAUUACGCAAAGAGAAUAAGGAAGUGAACAGAGAGAACAAGGCACUGGAAGACUUGAACGCUUCUGUCAUACAGGAGAACAGUAUGUUGCAAAAUAAAAUAAAACAAUUGAAAGAUCGGAAUAGAAGGCCCAUAGUGGUAGAUAACGAUGGUUUUCCAACCGACUCCCGUCUGAUGGAGCUUGAUUACUACUAUGGAAACAUAUCACGGGAGGAAGCCCAAAACAUUUUGAGUCAGGGCAGUGAAGGCAGCUUCCUCAUACGCAACUGUAAAAUGACUGUGAAAGAUUACACAGUAUCUGUCAAGUCUGGAAAGCAUGUCCGACAUUUUCUUAUUCGAACUCAAGGUAGUAGACUCUUCAUUUCUACGAAUGUUUUCGAAAACUGGGAUGCACUUCUUACAUAUUACACGAAAAAACCAUUACAACAAUCAGGAUCUCGAUUAGUUCGUCUUGGUCAGCCAUACACGUUAAAACUAAGUAUUGUUAUAUAA